GGGAGUUUCGGGACUCGUCUACAAGGGGUGUCAGGAUACGGAGCGUGACACCUGGAGGGGUCCUGGGGCAUAUUGGGAAGGACUCACAGACAAUGGAGUCGAUGGCAAUGAGGCCUUGAACUGCGAGUGGAUUGUGGGUGAGAAGAAGGAGCAGGGAAUUAUUUAUAAAAGGAAUACAGAGGGAUGAGGUAUCCGGAGGGUAAUCAGGAAGCGUACCUGGGAGAUUUACAGGGGUAAGGAGGAGCCAGUAUAGUGAUGAGAAACCAUCUAGGGUAGAUCAGGAGGAUAGAAGAUGUGUAUGUGUGUGUCGGGGAGGGUGAUUUGUCAGCUGGAAUGGAUUUAGAGGAGCAAAGACUGGAUUUGUGGACUGUCUAAGGGAGAUGGUCUAUGGAGUGAGAGCAGAAAUAAGGUGACACUUUGGGGAAAGGGGAAGGGGCAUGAUUGGCAACUGGAGGGAGAACCUACAAGUUAUCUGAUCAGGGAGGAAGGAGGUCCUUUGAUAUCUGGGAAGGGGAGAUCUAGGGCUUUUGGGUGUUUUUCAGGAGAGGGUGACCAGUAACUAAAUGCCUGUGGAGAGGCCACUUCUGAAGAGUUGAACACCACCAGGGUCUCCACAUUAAAGGGCCUGGCCAUGGGAAGAACAGUGAUAGGCCCAAAUUUGCAGACUGAUAAAAGAGUAGUGGAGGUCGAAGACUACUAAAGACCCAGGAACUUCAUGUGGAAUUUCAGCUUUGCUUCAUUCCAGUUUCAUUUAUUUAGUGGACAUUAUCCUUCCUGGACUAGGCUUUGGGAUUACAACCCAGAACCAACAAGCAAGAACUUUUCCCUCUCCAAAAUUUCGGUCGGAAGGGAAAGAAACAUUGACUAAUGAGUUUUAAGAGUGACAAAUAUUACCACAAGGAAGUACAAGAUGAAGUUAUACGGAAGCGUCUCCUCAUUGAUGGAGAUGGUGCUGGAGAUGAUCGGAGAAUUAAUCUGCUAGUGAAGAGUUUCAUUAAAUGGUGCAACUCUGGGUCCCAGGAAGAGGGAUAUAGCCAGUACCAACGUAUGCUGAGCACGCUGUCUCAAUGUGAAUUUUCAAUGGGCAAAACUUUACUAGUAUAUGAUAUGAAUCUCAGAGAAAUGGAAAAUUAUGAAAAAAUUUACAAGGAAAUAGAAUGUAGCAUAGCUGGAGCACAUGAAAAAAUUGCUGAGUGCAAAAAGCAAAUUCUUCAAGCAAAACGAAUACGAAAAAAUCGCCAAGAAUAUGAUGCUUUGGCAAAAGUGAUUCAACACCAUCCAGACAGGCAUGAGACAUUAAAGGAACUAGAGGCUCUGGGAAAAGAAUUAGAGCAUCUUUCACACAUUAAAGAAAGUGUUGAAGAUAAGCUGGAAUUGAGACGGAAACAGUUUCAUGUUCUUCUUAGUACCAUCCAUGAACUUCAGCAAACAUUGGAAAAUGAUGAAAAACUCUCAGAGGUAGAAGAAGCUCAGGAAGCAAGCAUGGAAACAGAUCCUAAGCCAUAGACAGGCUAAUCGCCCACCACUCCCAGGAAUAUUGAAAUAGCUACGUGACCAUAAUGUGUUUAAAAUGUGAUGUGCUCUCAAGAUAUUUAAAGUUUUGGCAGUAAAAUACUCCGUUUUUAAAUAUGAAUGUGUAUUUCAUUCAUAUUUCCUCACACAAAGGAAAAUGACUUCAGUAUAGAUUUGUUUUUAUUAAAAUGCAUUUUUUUAUUCUUAAGUGGUAGGAAGCAACAUCCAAAAAUGCUUAAUAAAAUGGUUUUAAGCUG